AGCAGAAGAACAGUAAAGUUGAAAACAUCUAUCAUGAGCGUUGAAAACAAUGAAGGGUCGUCCAAGAACAUGUGGAAGGAUCUUCCUUUAGAGCUUCUAAGUUCAGUAAUGGCUUAUCUUGAAAUCAAAGAUAACGUAAGAGCUUCUGUUGUAUGCAAGUCAUGGUAUGAAGCCGCGGUUACGGUUAGGGUCAUAGACCAACCUCCUUGGCUCAUGUACUUCCCUAAAACCAAGAACACUUGCGAGUUUUACGAUCCGUUGGGUUGCAAGAAGUAUACAAUGGAGCUGCCUAAAUCGUUAGCGGGCUCUAUUGUUCAUUACUCGACAGAUGGAUGGUUACUUAUGAGUAAGGAAGAUUCAUCAGACUUUGUCUUGUUCAAUCCAUUUACUAUGGAUGUUGUGGUUUUGCCUUUUCUUCAGUUGUGGAACUAUUAUCAGUUAGUGGGUUUCUCUUGUGCUCCUACGUCAAGCGAUUGCGUUGUGUUUAUUAUCAAGGAUUAUGAUCCUGGCCAUGUCACUAUUCGUACUUGGAGUCCGGGUCAAACGAUGUGGACUUCAAUGCAGGUUGAGUCUCAAUUCCUUGAUACUGAACAUAAUAAUGUUGUUUUCUCAAAUGGUGUGUUUUACUGUCUCAAUCGAAGAAACCUCGUUGCGGGUUUUGAUCCCUCUUUAAGUACAUGGAAUGUGUUUGAUUUACCGCCACCUAGAUGUCUCGAUGAGAAGAGUUGGAAUCAAGGAAAGUUCAUGGUGGGUUAUAAAGGAGACAUAUUUGUGAUACGUACAUAUGAACACAAGGAUCCUUUGGUGUUUAAACUCGAUCUUACUCGAGGUAUUUGGGAGCAGAAGGAUACACUCGGUAGUUUAAGUAUUUUUGUGAGUAGUAAGUCAUGUGAAUCGAGAACUUAUGUUAACGAGGGGAUGUUAAGGAAUAGUGUGUACUUCCCUAAGUUGUGUUACAAUGAGAAACGUUGUGUGGCGUAUUCGUUUGAUGAAGGGAGAUACCACCCGCUUGAGCAUAAUCUUGAUUGGGGAUACCAGCUUUCUUCUGAUAACAUUUGGAUCGAGCCUCCCAAGAACGCUUUUGAGCUAGUUUAAAAGUACAUAUUUUGGCAAUGUUUGUAUGGAGUUUUUAUGAGUUUGAUCUGGGCACAUCUUAGAGAUGGUGACAUAUCUCCACUAGUAUGUUAUAUGAUGAGAGGUUUGAAAAUGAGCUGUUUGGAUAUUGUUAUGUCAACUUCUUGCUUACCGUUUGAGCUUCAUAAACUUAUUGCUCAACU